AUGGGCUGGGUAUACAAUCUCCAUCGGGAAGAUCCUAACAGUGAGAUCCCUCGAGUGAUCACGAUCUGCUUGGUCUUUUCCAUCAGCGCCCUCCUAGCCAUCUGUUUGCGCUUCUAUGUGCGAUUUUCGACACGCAGAACCCCAUGGGUGGAUGAUUAUGCAGCAUUGGCUAGUUCAAUAUUUGCGCUAGCCUACGCAGCAAUUGCGGUGGUUCAAACAAGAUGGGGACAAGGUCUUAGUGCUGCUUAUUUUCCAGAGGAGAAUGUCAUUCCUUUCAGCAAGAUCCAAUACUUUGGUGGUCCAGUCUACUGUCUCGCACUUCUCGGGUUCAAGGUCGCUCUGUUGACUUCGUACCUGCGUAUUGCAGGAGUGGUCAAACUGUAUCGAAAAGUCAUCCUUGCUGCCAUCGUGGUGUGCGUCAUCAAUCAACUGGUCUUCGCCGUCAUCAUCUCAGUUUCAUGCAUACCAGUUGCAAGACAGUGGGACACCUCAAUUGAAGGGAAAUGUAUCGACACAAUCCCAUUCUAUUUCUCCCUCGCAGGCACAAGUAUCGGGCUGGACCUAAUCAUUAUCGCCCUGCCGCUGCCUGUGCUUUGGAAACUACAACUUCGCUUGAAGCAGAAGAUAAUCCUCGCCGCUCUCUUCGCACUCGGAUUUUUCGUGACUAUCAUCCAAAUCAUCCGUAUCUUCACAGUCAAGGACUUGAAAACGUACACUGAUAGCAAGAAUAUCGUGAUCUGGUCUUGUGUUGAAGUCAGCCUUGGAGUCAUCGUCUCUUGCAUCCCAACCUACGGUCCCCUAUUCAAAGCCUUCGCAUCCACUGUCAACUCAUACCGCGGUAACAACACGUCACGAUCCUAUCAACUUGGCUCGGUACACCCGACUUCCAAGUCAGCCACUUCUCGCAGAAGGAGCAAUUUCGAACUUAUAUCCGAGUCAGAGGGAGCGCAAAUAACAGUGACUACGGCAGUGACUGUGUCAGCCGGGGAACGGACAAAUUACAGGAAGCAGUCACACGGCGGUGAUAGCGAGGAACAUAUUCUGUUCCCCGGGAAGAUUUAA